AUGAACUUGGCUGAGAAGUUCCAGCGGCAGCUCUCUGAGCCAUGUCUGCCUUUCCCUCCGCCUGACGGUGCCGCCUGUACCCCUUACCCCCCUCAGCCCCAUCACCCCCACCGGGCCCCCCUGUCCCGGGACGGCCGCCCCAUCUACCAGCGGCACCUGUCAGAGCCCUUGGUCCUCCUCCCUGCUCAGGGCUUCAAGCAGGAGCUGGUGGACCUCCGCUACACCGAGCAGGGGGUCCCUACCAUGGGCCCUCCCCGCACCCCGUUCCAGGGCCUCUCUAUCAAGCAGGAGCCCCGGGAUUUCUGCUUUGACCAAGAAAUGCAGAACUGCCCGUCUUCUUUCAGGAAGUCCUGUAACUUCUACCAAAACAAUGAUGGGUUGGUCUACGACGGAGAGCCUCAUCUGUACAGCGACGACACAUGCGUGGUUCCAGAGAGACUAGAAAGCAAGAUCAAGCAGGAGGCCGGAGUGUUCCGUGACGGACCGCCCUACCAGCGCCGAGGUUCCCUGCAGCUCUGGCAGUUCCUGGUCACGCUGCUGGACGACCCGGCCAAUGGUCACUUCAUCUCCUGGACCGGCCGCGGCAUGGAGUUCAAACUCAUCGAGCCCGAAGAGGUGGCUCGRCGCUGGGGCCUCCAGAAGAACCGGCCUGCCAUGAACUACGACAAGCUGAGCCGCUCUCUACGCUAUUACUAUGAGAAGGGCAUCAUGCAGAAGGUGGCUGGAGAGAGGUACGUGUACAAGUUUACGUGUGACCCCGAGGCGCUCUUCUCCAUGGCCUUCCCUGACAACCAGAGGCCCAGCCUGAAGCAGGACCCGGACUGCCUGCCACCGUCUGCGGGGGAGGACGACACCACCGUGCCCCUGGCCCACUACGCGGAUGGCUGUGGCCCCUACCUGGCCGACGGAGGGGAGCGGUGCGUCUCGUUACUGGGCUUCCCCGAUAACUAUUCAUUCUGAAUGUUCUGACUAAUGACGGAAUAAAGACAGCUGUCAUCUGGUACCCUGCCACACCCCUACCCUAACCCRAACUCUCGUCCCCUAACUACACACCACUACCCUACCCUUUGUCCCAUAACUAUACACUCCUACCCUUCUCCUCAUCCCCUAACUACACACCACUACCCUACCCCACAUCCCAUAACUACMSACCCAGAGCCCAAACCCUAGUCUCAUAACUACAGACCCAGAGCCCAAACCCUAGUCCCCUAACUACACACC